CCGCCACCGACUGGGCCGGAGUAUGAGCCAGAGUUCGCUCGUCCCCUCGAACUAUGAAUGUUCCCACUUUUCAUGCUGUUUUGAGGAAUUGUUUCCUUACGUCUCUCAGCUAGAAAUAUCAAUAGCAAGUUGACACCUGUGGGAGGCAGCAAUGCAUGAAACCGUGCCUCGUCUGCUGGAAACCGGAAGUAGAAGAACAAGAAGAAGAACCGCCCAAUCGGCCAGUAAAACCAAAGAAGAAGAGUGCGAGGAGGAGCGGAUCUGGUGUUUCUAAGGAUCGUUUCCGAUCGGACUAACUCAGGAUGAGUUCCUCCUCCUUCCUCUCUCCUCCCCCCUCUCCCCACACUGCCCCACUUCCCCUUUCCUCCUCCUCUGUGAUUUGCUGUCCUGAGCUCGACCUGUCCGUCACACUCGGCUCUCCCCAGACUGGCCACGCCCAUUUUAAGCCCAGCUCCCUGAAGAUUGGUCAGCAAAGGGACCAAUCGCAGCCGAAGCCCUUGCCUCAAGGACCAACGGGAAGAGGGGCGAACACACGGGUGUUUUUUCAGGAACCGGUGGAUGUCACGGUAACACGGCAGCAGAACAGAGACGCGCCACCUAAGCAACCAAUCAGAGGUCAGAGGAGGAGCAGAGGAUGUCACCACGAGUCCCGUGGAGCAGCAUCCAAUCAAGAGCCAGGCUGUCUCGAGAGGGUGGGACUAAACUCCACUCUGGCUCUGAAGGCGGAACUUCAGUUACUGCAGGGGGCUGAGUUUAACUCCCAGAAGGCCAUGCAGGAGACUCUCCGAAGGUCAGAGAGGACCAAAAACCUGAUCAACACCAGAGCUACUGAAGAAGUGAAUGUCUCUCGCUCACAGGUUCUCUUCAAUUCAUUGGUCUGCGUCAAUGUGCAGGAAGAUCAGCUGAUCAGCCAGAUGCUGCAACAUAGGCUGCAGCCAUCCUGCCAUGGCAACAAGGUAGCAGACGGGCCCUCUCUUCUCCUCUUCAUGACCUCUGACCACCUGAGACAAAAGCCUUUCCCACUAGAGGAGGAGCCUGUCAACUACAAGCCCCGCCCAUUGACAUAUCCCGCCUGCUCUACCUUUGACCUCCACAGAAGAGAGAGACGCUGAGAGGCCAUGCCUUGACACACAGGACCGCUCUGACUGGCAGGAGAUACUGAGAUCAGACUUAAUAAUAAUUAUCAUAUUUGUUAAAUUAUUAAUAUAAACUGAAAUCUUUUUUUUUUAAAGCUACUUUUAGUUUUUUCAAUAAAGUCUUUUCAAACAAAGGGUA